GUGGUUCAGAUGUGAAAAUGAAAAUGAGCAAGAACUCCUACUGUAUAGAGUGUCCCCUUUCACGCCUAUUCACCGGAAAGGAGGACAGCAUAAAUACCAGUGCUUCCAAAAGAGCAAACAGGAGACAUUGCAAGACAGGAGGCAAGGGAAGAUGACAUCGACCAGCCUAAGCUCGAGGACAAUGUGGCUGGCUCUGCUUUGGAUUUUGUAUCAUUUUUGCCCGAUUGUCCAGGGUCAAGGCCUGGCUACAUGUAUCGUAGAUGAAACAUACAGGAAACAAACCGACGCUGACAUCCAGGUGACCUGUGGCACAGCGAUAAUGGACCUGAGCAUCCUAAUAUGUCCAGUCUAUUUCGAUGGGUACAAUGAAACACUUAUGGCCUUAAAUGCUAAGUAUGACAAGCCUGAGUGUCACGGGACCCCUGACUGGUCAGUCAACCCCCCCGUCUUACGAUUUAAACUCCCCAUCUCUGAAGAUGGCAUUUCUGCCUGUUCUAGCAAGAUGAAGAUCACGCAUCAAGUUGGCACAGGCGAUUUUUCAGACUAUUCCAGCGUUCAAUAUGUUAACAUCUCUGGAAUAAUCAAUUCUGUGGAUCCCAGUGCUGGCACCAUCACUUACCGAGAAGAGAUGAUGUAUAUCUUCUCCUGUCGGUAUCCACUCCAAUACCUCAUCAACAACACUCAGAUGAGUGUAUCUGGGGUGAGUAUAGCAAUCAACGACAACAACGGCACGUUUAUCAGCACCCUCAGCAUGCAGCUAUACGAGGAUGAAUCCUAUGAACAACCCCUCCAGAUGCCUGAUGAAGGACUGAAGCUGAAGAGAAGGAUUUUUGUGGAAGUCAAGGCUUCAAACCUCACAAAAAAGUUUAAUGUACUUCUGGACCGAUGCUAUGCAACAACCCGUCCCAUUCCAUCCAAUAGCACCUACUAUGACCUGUUUGUGGGGUGCAACCGUGAUGGACAGACGGUUAUGGCGAUUAACGGUGAUGAACAGAAGGCACGCUUCUCCUUUGAGGCCUUCCGAUUUGUGGAGCACAAGGACCAGACUGUAUCCACCUUCUACUUGCACUGUGCCACCAGGCUCUGCGAACUGUCCUCGUGUGCCUCCCUACGGCCGAACUGCUCUGCUGCAGUCGUCCCCAGGAGGAAACGAGCAUUGGAGACGGAGGAAGAAACAUCGGUGAGCGACGUGGCCAUGGUCUCCUCGGGCCCAAUCACAACCCAAGUGGACAACGGUGGCCAUGUAGCAAUGGCUUCCCAAGCAGGCACCGAGAGAGGACACCAGAUCAUCAAGGGUGUGUCUGUCGCCGUGGGGAUCCUGGGCACGCUCUGCGUCGUCUUGGUGCUCUUUAUCGUUUACCGGAUUUACUCCUCUAAAAGAAGGGACGAACAGAAGAGGCCUUUCAACUAGCGACAGCUUCAAAUCUGAGAAAGGGACCACGGCAGUGACUGUUUGAUGGAGUCAAUGAACAAAAUAAAAAGGAUCUGCUUUCAUAUUCAUAGUUCAAGAUUGCAUGCAUCGUAUACCAUAGCAUGAUAGUCUGUUUUAAGAUAAACUCACUUACUGGAAUCAAGGACUGCAUAUCUGUCUCCUGUAUACUUUAUGUAAUGGGGCUCUGUUUAUUGGGAUUGUACAACCACACAAAGGUCAUAUCAGUGUAUAUUUGGGGGGUUGUGGCAUCUGUUAAAAAACGGCCACUAAAUGUACAGUAUUGGCAUUAAGAUCAAGGUUUUCAGAAUACGUCCUUUUGUGAAUGGGGUUAUAUAGGGGUAAUUUUCAAUGCCAUCAUACAUACUCAAACUUUAAUAUUACUCCUGUUGAAUAGACUACAGGCUUUACUCCGUUUUCUUUUCUGUCAAAAACUGGUGUAUAAAAGAUUAAUGGCUACAAAACUUUAAACAAUCUCAUUUCAUU